CUUUAUCUUCCUCGCGACGACGACGCUUCUCGUCUCUGGGGAACCUUCCGCUCACGAGGAAGAGGAAAUGUUCGGAGAAAGAGAGAGGGAGAGAAAGAGAAAGAGAGAGAGAGAGAGAGAGAGCGAGCGUGAAAAAGAAUGCGACUUCAUUUCUGCUCCGACAUUACUCUCUCCCUCUCUCUCUUUCUCUGUCUCUGUCUCUGUUUCUCUCGACGAACGCGAGUCGCGUAUCGCACGAUGUAACGGAAUCCCCAACUUCAACUAACCUUUCUCUUUUCAUAUAAUCCCUCUUUUCUCGCGAGUACGAAUUUUAUUGUCGAUUCGGUAAAAUCGGACUCCGGACUCCUAAUACAUUAUUGUUACCCAAUUUUCCUUUGUUGAUCGCAUUUUACAAAGUAUUCUGAACGUUUAAUGGAUAAUAUAAAAAUCGUAGUUGCAGGUAGUAACAGAGACGCUAACACGACAAGCGUAUAGGAACAGAAUGUCAGGGCAUAGAGGCGGUGGAGGAGCUGGAAGCCAUCAAGGUGGUCCUCCGGGUCUCAAGCAAAUUGAUUUGGAUCAAAUUUGGGGAGAUUUACGCGAAGGAAUAGAACAAGUUUAUAACAGACAAUGUAUGUCGAAACCGAGAUACAUAGAAUUGUACACACAUGUAUAUAAUUAUUGCACAAGUGUUCAUCAACAACUAACUAGGACAUCGAGCAAAAGUAAAAAGGGACAAAUUCAACAAGGAGGUGCACAAUUAGUGGGAUUGGAAUUAUACAAACGUCUGCGUGAAUUUCUUAGGAAUUAUCUCAUUAGUUUACUCAAACAUGGUGUUGAUUUAAUGGAUGAGGAUGUAUUACAAUUCUACACAAGACAAUGGGAGGAAUAUCAGUUCAGCAGUAAAGUAUUGAAUGGCGUGUGUGCAUAUCUUAAUCGACAUUGGGUAAGACGAGAGUGUGAAGAAGGUCGGAAGGGAAUUUAUGAAAUUUAUCAGUUGGCCUUGGUUACCUGGCGAGAUAAUUUAUUUAGGCAUUUAAACAAACAGGUUACUGCCGCAGUGCUUAAAUUAAUCGACCGAGAACGCAACGGUGAAACGAUAAACACCCGAUUGGUCAGUGGCGUCAUCAAUUGUUAUGUAGAAUUGGGUUUAAACGAAGAGGACCCAGGUGCUAAAGGACAAAAUUUAACAGUAUAUAAAGAUUCCUUUGAGAAUAUCUUCCUUGUGGAUACUGAACAAUUCUAUACUCGAGAAAGUUCAGAUUUUCUUAGACAAAAUCCUGUUACUGAAUAUAUGAAAAAAGCUGAACAGAGAUUAUUAGAAGAACAGAAGCGAGUGCGCGUUUAUCUGCAUCAAAUGACUCAGGAGCGAUUGGCGAAAACGUGUGAAAAAGUACUUAUCGAAAAACAUCUGGACAUAUUUCAUUCCGAAUUUCAGAAUCUAUUGGAUGCAGAUAAAAAUACAGAUUUGGGUAGAAUGUAUCAGCUAGUAGCGAGAAUAACGAAUGGUCUCGGAGAGUUAAGAAAUCUUUUAGAAAGCCACAUAGCUAAUCAAGGACUUGCAGCUAUCGAUAAGUGCGGUGACUCUGCGACUAAUGAUCCGAAAAUCUAUGUCAACACAAUCUUGGAAGUACACAAAAAGUAUAAUGCCUUAGUGCUAGUUGCAUUUCACAAUGAUAGCGGCUUCGUUGCAGCCUUGGAUAAGGCUUGUGGACGAUUUAUCAAUAGCAAUUCUGUUACAAGGGCAGCCAACAGCAGCAGUAAGUCACCUGAAUUAUUAGCUAAAUACUGCGAUUUGCUGCUCAAAAAAAGCAGUAAAAAUCCGGAAGAGGCAGAACUUGAAGAUACUCUUAAUCAAGUUAUGGUAGUAUUUAAAUACAUUGAAGAUAAAGAUGUAUUCCAAAAGUUUUAUAGUAAGAUGCUAGCAAAACGAUUAGUGCAACACAUGUCUGCUAGCGACGAUGCAGAGGCUUCUAUGAUCUCCAAGUUGAAGCAAGCUUGUGGAUUUGAGUAUACUUCGAAGUUACAACGUAUGUUUCAGGAUAUUGGUGUCUCAAAAGAUCUAAAUGAACAAUUUAGAAGGCAUUUGACUAAUUCUGCAGAACCUUUAGAUAUAGAUUUCAGUAUACAAGUUUUAUCCUCUGGUUCUUGGCCAUUCCAACAGUCUUUUACAUUUUCUUUACCAACAGAGUUGGAAAGAUCUGUGCAUAGAUUCACUACUUUCUAUAGUUCGCAACACAGCGGCAGAAAGUUAAAUUGGUUGUAUAAUAUGUCUAAAGGAGAGCUACAUACAAAUUGUUUCAAAAAUAGAUAUACAUUGCAAGCAUCGACUUUUCAAAUGGCAGUUUUGUUAGUAUAUAAUGGAUCUACAUCAUGGACAAUACAACAAUUGCAGUAUGCAACACAAAUAAAAAUGGAUUUUUUAUUACAAGUUGUUCAAAUACUUUUAAAAGCUAAGCUUUUAACUGCAGCUAGCGAUGAUGUAGCUGAACUGACUCCAUUAUCGACGGUGGAACUUUUUACAGGCUACAAAAACAAAAAAUUAAGGGUAAAUAUUAACAUACCAAUGAAGACAGAAUUAAAGGUAGAACAAGAGACUACACACAAACACAUAGAAGAAGAUAGGAAACUUUUAAUCCAGGCAGCAAUUGUUAGAAUUAUGAAAAUGCGAAAGGUAUUGAAACAUCAACAGUUGGUGGCAGAGGUAUUGAAUCAAUUAAGUUCUAGAUUCAAACCAAGAGUACAUGUCAUUAAGAAAUGUAUAGAUAUUUUAAUAGAAAAAGAAUAUUUGGAGCGCACAGAGGGUCAGAAGGACACUUAUAGCUAUUUGGCAUGAUCAGUCGAUUUAGGAAAACGAUACAACAGCAGCCAUAUAUACAAAAUAAAAAUAAAUUUACAUUAUCAUUGCUAUAUA